AUGUUUAUUAAUUUAUUAAACAAAGUAGGAGCUCUCACAGCUUUACUAUUUCUGUGUAUAUAUGAAUACCAAAUAGUAUAUGCAUCUGAAGAAGCUAUCCCCUUUGGACAGGCUAUUGGUCCAAUUAGAACUGUAUCUCAAGUUUACAUGACUUCACCUUGGGGAGUUCCAUCAGAAAAUUCCAAGUGGAUUAAGAGUUUAAGAGAAUACCAACUUCCUUUAGGUUUUAUUCCUUUGGCAAGACGAUAUCAAAGAGUUAGUGAGACUGCAAUUUCUGAAAGAUCAAGGCAAUGGGCAGAGAUUGUUUGUUGGAGAUUCCAAUCUGAUCCUAAAUACUCCUCAAGUCCACUUAAGUAUACAAUUAAGGAUUUUGAAACUAUGUUUCAGCAAUUUGCGCACUUUGGCUGGAAUCGUGAUAGCUGUGAACAAGUACUUAUUGAUAUGGGAAUAAGUCAAGAAUCUUCAGAAAUGUGGUGUUCCAAUGUUGAGCCAUGGGGACAUGAUGAAUGUGCUGAUCUAAACUGGGUAGAUUUUGUUCUAGCAGGCGAUAUUGAAGAUUAUUUUCAGGGCAAACUUGAAUUACAAGCAAUUUGCAGACUUGUUCAACUUGUUAGACCAUCUCAAUUACCAACUGUGAAAUAUCGCUAUAUUUAUGAAGUUUGUCAACAGAAUAUUCUUGCCCUUCGUGAUCCUUUAACUACUCAAACAGUUACUGAGGAAGAUGCUGAGAUAAUUUGCAACAUGAUGGAUUUUACGUUAUCCGAAAACUGUAAGCAAAUUCCCCCUAAGCAAAUUAAGAAGGCGAGAGACCUCGCAGUUGCUUUUGGAGAAGAAGUUUACCCCAGAUUAUUGGAUUUUAGAGUUAAUGAUGCAUGCAAGGUUUUAGUAGCGAUGCAAUCAAGUGGUGAUAGGUCCCUCUCCGAUAAUGAAAAUAUUGAAUUCUGUAGAAAUGAAAUGAUUAAGAUAUUGUGGGAACGUGCUGAAGAAAAAGGAGAUCUUUUAUGCCCAUGGGGUUGGGAUAUAAUAUCACAAUUCGUUGGGGCUUGUCAAGAAGUUUUUAAAAAACAUGCAAAGAAGUUGAAGGAUUUGGAAGAGAAUGCCAUUGUUUUGACUAGGGGAUUCUUUAAUCCAUCUCAGUCAUACAAUACAAGAUGGUGGAAGACAUCUGUAAUAGGACAAAAGUUGGCUGCUCUACUUGCUCAAAAUCCUAUAUUAAAUCAGUCUAUACAAGAAGGUAUAUUAUCUCCAACACAACUUAUGUGGGCAACUAAUAUUCAUGAAGAGUAUAAAAAUAUGGGACAUUCUAUUUAUUCACUGAUUGAGGUGAUUAAUAUGGUCAGGAGAUUUGAUGCGAAUGAACCUCAAAAAUCUUGUGAGAGUCUUCUAAAUCUUUAUCUUGGGAAAUUUAUUGAUAAUAAUGAAAAUUUACAAAGAGAACAAUUUACGAAAGCAGAAGUAAGAGCAAUGUGUUCAGCACUAGAACGUCAGUCAAUAGAGAUUUGUAGAAAAUACUUAGUAUCACCAUUAAUUGGGGUUGCAAGAGAUGUGAGGUCAUAUUUCCUGAAAGAGAUGCAUGGUAAUUCAUUAAUGCAAUUGGAAGAUAUAUGUUUAUUCAUAUCUGCAUUAAAUAUACCUAAGUUAGCUACAAAUAAACAUGUAGUAGAAAGGAGGUGUUCACAUGCAAUGAACAAAUUUAUUCUUAAAACUGUUAAUUUAACUUUUGCACAACGCUAUGGGCUAACUAGUAGCCAGCAAAGUCAAAUAUGCCAACGGAUGGAUAUUUGGAGUUUGGAUAAAUGUGAAAAACUCCCUGAACGACGUAGAUCAACUAUAUUUGUUAUUUCUAAAAAACUUUAUGAUCUAUCUUCUCGUUAUGGAAUACUGGAAUAUAGAAUUGAUGAGAUGUGCAAUGCACUUGAUAAUAUGGGCGAUAAUCCCCCACGAGAAAAAUGUCAAUAUAUCAUAGUAUCUGAAUUCUUUAGUAGAUGGUCAGAUUCUAGUAAUAGUUUAAUGCAACUUGCACGCCAAUUAUGUCAUUCACUCUUUGAAAGAAGAACAACUGGUCGUGAGCUUAAUGAGUUAACUAAAGCAAUGAAUCUAAUCAAAGAUUUCAUGGAUCAAAAAGGUGAGUAUGCUUUUCCUUAUGAAGAAAAGACAUAUCAGCAAAUCAUGGAUGAACGUAAGAAGGGUAAAACAAAAGUGACUUCAUAUGAACUUCUACCAAGUCUAUCUGAGGGAAGUCAGAUUGAAGCUCAGCCGGGAGUUCUAAGUACAUUGGAAUCUGUAGAGGAAUCAUUCUCUCCUGGAAUUGAAGAUAUCCGGGGUCAAUAUUACUCUAAGCUGACUAGUGUCCAGAUGGAAUUACUGAAUAAGAUUAUUUCUCAUCGCCCUGAAAUUGGAGAAAAACGUGGAACAGUUGAGCAAUUUGCAAAAGUUAUUUAUAAGUUGGAUCAAUUUAAUGUUCUUGAAAGUUGUGCUGGACAAUUACAAGAUGAAAUGAGUUAUACAUUGAGAGCUGCUAGGUCUAUCUGUGCCACAAUAGAUCCAUUACAAAGUGAUAGUUGCAUGGCUGCUCAAAGAAUUGACUUGACUGCGGCAAAACUUAUUCAUCAAAAAUUAGCUACAACAGCUUAUACAAGGAUUUUCAUCAAUUUAUCACAUAUUUGUGAAGUUGUUAAUCAUGUAAAUAUUCUCAAAUUUGUUAAUAAGGUUAGAUUAGGACGUAUGAAUCUUGGAGGUCCAGCUUGUAGAAAUGCCUUCAAAACUAUUAUGUUUACAAGAUAUUUGCAUAGUCAAAGUUCUCAACUAAUAUCACAGUUGUGUAAUGUGAUUGAUAUAACCAGUAAUCCACAAUUUAAUGGUGGUAUUCUAAAAACAACACGGGAAAGAUAUCUUGCAUUUAGACUUGCAGAUUCAUAUGGUCAUAAAUUAGACCUACUUCCACCGAAAAAACAACAUCCAAUAUCUUGGACUGGUAUUAUGAAUGCUAUUCGUAAAUUACACAUUACAUCUGACGAAGGAGUUACCAAACAUCAGUGUUCUAUUGCUAUGAAGGCGAGUUUUGGAAAAUUUAAGCAAUUUAGUUUGGCUGAUUCUACUGAAGCAUGUUGUGUUGCAGUAAACUGCAAAGACUUUGUUUCUAAGUCAAAGGAUUUCCCUACUCGAGCUAAUUAUGAACAGAAUGAACUUCUUACUGCAUCUGAAAUAGAUAUACAACUUUCACAAAACUCUAAGACAUGA